AUGUCGCUCUCCGAAGACCUGUCCAACUCCACCCUCGGUGGGAACUUCUCCUCCAACGAUUCCACCCCUGGGAACUUCAGGAUCCAGUGUCGAGCAACUUCCAUCGUGCCCGUGAUCAUCUUUGUCCUCACCGUCCUACUGGGUGUCCCCGGCAAUGGCGCCGUCACCUGGGUGAUGGGCUUCAAGGUGAAGAGGAGCGUCCACACUGUGUGCUUCCUCAACCUGGCUGUGGCGGACCUGACCUACUGCCGUCUUCCUCCCCUUCCUGGUGGCCUACUGCCGGCCAAGUUCCUUCCUCAGAAACUACUUCCUCUGGAUCAACACCUCAGCCUGGCUUGGGUGCGUGCGGUCUGCUUCGGGGCCUGGGGCCUUGCCUUCCUCAUGUGCCUGCCCGAACUGCUGAUGGAGCAGAUUUACCCGUAUUUUGGGGACAAGACCAGGGGUGUGUUGGAGUUAACUUGGGCUGUCUUUGUCUUCGGCCUCCCCAUUGUGCUCAUGGCCGCCUGCUACCUCCUGAUUGGCCGGAAACUGCACGGGGACAAAUUGGCCAAAUCCAGGAAGCCUGUCCGCCUCAUGGUGACCAAAACUCACAGCCUUUAUCAUCUGCUGGCUCCCUUACACUGUUUGCCACCUUGUCAGGGUCGUCUCCAAACCCGUUCCCUGGGACUGGAUAUUCUUCACCAUCAGCCAGGCCUCCUUCAACAGCCCCUUCUCUACGUCUUCAUCGGCCGCAACUUCCGCCAGGUCUUCAGGCGCUCCCUGGCCGCCUCGCUCCGCCUGGCCUUUGCCGAGGACACAGAGUUGGAGAACAUCCGUCCCAACCCCAUCGUCUCCGCGGAGACGAGCACCUGA